UUAUCAUCUUUUUAUAUGUUAUUUUUGCUAAAAAUAAAAUUCUACAUUUGGUCUUCUACAGUUAAACCUGCAUGUGUUUUAAAUCUAUCUACUUCUGAUCUAUCCUUCAGGUAGUAAUUGCCGAUUCCUUUUACUGGAUGGGCGGUAAUGGAAAGGACAAAGCAGCGUUAUGGAUCUGGUAUCUACGUUUCCACAGCAACCCGUAUUAAAUUACCUGGAUGGCGGUACGUGGUGGACUUUACCCAGAGGUGGAGGGACAGAUGACUCAGCCAGCACAGGACCGACUGCUUCCUGGAAAGAAACCAAGCACCUUCAGACAUGGCUAAAUUCUUCACACCAGUUCAAAUCAAUGAGUUCAAAGAGUGCUUCUCUUUGUACGACAAGAAGCAAAAGGGCAAGAUUCAGGCAGGAGACCUGAUCACGGUUAUGCGCUGCCUCGGAACAAGCCCCACGUUCAGCGAAAUCGAAAGACAUCUUCAAGUUCACAAAAUCGAAAAGGCAGGCGAGUUGGACUUCUCUACGUUCCUGACCAUGAUGCACAGACAGAUGCAGCAGGAGGAUCCCAAGGCGGAGAUCCUGGAGGCGCUGAGGAUGACGGACAAGCAGAAGAAAGGAUACAUCCUGGCGACUGAGCUGAGAGCUAAACUCACCCAGCUCGGAGAGAAACUCACAGACAAAGAAGUGGAUGAGCUCUUCAGAGAGGCACACGUCAAGUCCAACGGGAUCGUGAACUAUGAGGAGUUCACCCAGAUGGUGACGCUGCCGCCGGUCGAUUACUGAACUUUCAAGGAAAGAACAAACGUAAAGAGCCUCAACACAACAGCCACAGCUGGAACAGGACUGCAAAUACGCUCAAACUGGGCAUUCAGAAGAAAAAUACUGGAAUAAAUCUGCUUGAAGGCUGAAAAUAUACUUUGUUUUCUUAGUGUUUAAUGAAUACAAACCCUCUUUCAUGUAACUCACUCCACAGCUUUUCUAAAUGUCUGAUCAUGUUGUGAAGCUCUGCUGUUAUAAAUUAGUAUAUAUGUUAGAGUUUAGUGUGGGAGCCAAUUUCAAAACCACUUUUGGUUAAAUCUGACCCUCUUUCGCCCUGUUAAAUCCUGAAACCUUCACAUGCUUCUGAGUGAUAAUUUAAACUUUAAUUUCAUGGUUUAAUUUCCACAUAUUAUUAAACUCCAUAAACUGUGAAGUUUAAAAGGACAAAUGUUCUUUUUGUCCGUCGGUCGGCUCAAUGUGAAAAUAUCCGUUUAAUGCAGUAAAGGUUUAUUUAGUGACUUCUAAGUUUAAUAUUUCCUCAUACGAAGGUCGUGUUUUAAUAAGAUGUAUUCAUCGGUGUAAAAACAUCAAGAUUUAAUGAAUUAUCACUAGCUGGCUAAUGAAUUAUCACUAGCUGGCUAAAACAAAUGACCACCUUUUCCUCCAGAACAUGGAAUUCUUGUUUUAAUAGUUCAUCAAAACGAAGUCGAAACCAGGACUUUGUGAGGAAAUUGUGUUUGGCCCAGUGAUUUCUUUGGAGAACAUAUUUAAUAACUACGAGGACUAAAGCACGAUGUCACUGUGACAUUAGUGGUCCACCUUGUGCUUGGAAAGCAGAUAGUUUUGUAAAACAUUUCAAGAAACUACAGUGCCAAAACGAAAAAUAACCUUACUGCAGUUAAAGGGCUCAGAAAGCUUACACGCAAAAGUCUUUUUAGAAACUCUUUGUUUCACAGUCAGUUUGGCAAUCACUCUGUCAUUUUCUUUAAAAAUAAAAGGUUUGUGUGUGAAAAUAAAGAAAAUCCGUUAGAAGAGAAAGUGCGUCCAAACUUUUGACUGGUAGUGCAUUUCUGUUCUAAUUAGCAUUUAUCCGUCUGCUUGAUUAACUGGAUUGGUAUGAAAAAACGAAUCAGUCACUCUUAAAACGUCUGCUGCAAAGAGACAAAAAACAAAUGACGUGGAUAUCUGCAUGCCUAAAGCAACACACUGAAGGUGUGGAAUCACAUCAGGUAACCAGAUUACUUUGUGGACUAUAAUUCUGGGGGGGCUGCACAGUGCCGUAGUGGUUAGCACUUUGGCCUUGCAGCAAGAAGAUCCCCGGUUCAAAUCCCGGCCUGGGAUCUUUCUGCAUGGAGUUUGCAUGUUCUCCCUGUGCAUGCGUGGGUUUUCUCCGGGUACUCCGGCUUCCUCCCACAGUCCAAAAACAUGCUGAGGUUAAUUGGUUACUCUAAAUUGUC